AAUGAUGGUGAUGAUGAUGAUGAUAAUAACACUGAUGAUUUUUAACCGGAUUAAAAUCGAGUUUUUCUGAAUGUGCAUAAGAAUUUCUCCGGCCUUCUGAUUGACUUUGGAGUUUUGCAUCUUGGGAGAGAAGGUGAAGGCAGUAGCAUUUUUAAGUGGAUUGAUCACAUAAACCUUUUCUCUCCCAACCCUUCCCCUUGCCCUCAUCCCCUUCCCCACGCUCGAAAGAAUUUUACUGGCUGUUAAGUCUGUGACCUUAUUUUUCCUGAUCUUUAACUUAACUGUUUUAGAGCAUCUCUGGACGUCUGUAUUUUUUAUUUUUUAUUUUUGUUUUUUUUAUUUUUAAUCUUUCAUUUGUUAAAUUUUUAAACUGUGCUGCAAUAAAAUGUGUGUGGUACUACUUAACACCUAUGAUGGUGAUGGCAUUUUCCCAGAAAGCCAUCUCCCUCCUGUUUCCCUUGAAAUCCCAUCCUGCUUUUCCUGUACACUACCCCUCACAAACCACAAGCUGCAGCAACAUGGAUGCCCAGCCUGGAGCAGCAGCAGCCAGGAUGACCUGGAGCCAGGGGGGCCUUCGGAACAGAUGCACACCCUUCCUGGGUGAUGGUAAGAGUUUUUCAGCUUUGUGAGGCACCUUAUCAUCAAAGACGAUGGCCAGCAAUGUUACCAACAAGACAGAUCCUCGCUCCAUGAACUCCCGUGUAUUCAUUGGGAAUCUCAAUACUCUUGUGGUCAAGAAGUCUGAUGUGGAGGCAAUCUUCUCGAAAUAUGGCAAAAUCGUGGGUUGCUCUGUUCACAAGGGCUUUGCCUUCGUUCAGUAUGUUAAUGAGAGAAAUGCCCGGGCUGCUGUGGCAGGAGAGGAUGGCAGGAUGAUUGCUGGCCAGGUUUUAGAUAUUAAUCUGGCUGCAGAGCCAAAAGUGAACAGAGGAAAGGCAGGUGUGAAACGAUCUGCAGCGGAGAUGUACGGGUCAGUACCAGAACACCCUUCUCCGUCCCCUCUACUCAGCUCUUCUUUUGACUUGGACUAUGAUUUUCAACGGGAUUAUUAUGACAGGAUGUACAGUUACCCAGCACGUGUUCCUCCUCCUCCUCCUAUUGCUCGGGCUGUUGUGCCCUCAAAACGCCAGCGUGUAUCAGGAAACACCUCACGAAGGGGCAAAAGUGGCUUCAAUUCUAAGAGUGGACAGCGAGGAUCUUCUUCAAAGUCUGGAAAGUUGAAAGGAGAUGACCUUCAGACCAUUAAGAAGGAGUUGACCCAGAUAAAACAAAAAGUGGAUUCUCUACUGGAAAGCCUGGAAAAAAUUGAAAAGGAACAGAGCAAACAAGGAGUAGAGAUGAAGAAUGAUAAGUCAGAAGAGGAGCAGAGCAGCAGCUCCCUGAAGAAAGAUGAGACUAAUGUGAAGAUGGAGUCUGAGGGGGGUGCAGAUGACUCUGCUGAGGAGGGGGACCUACUGGAUGAUGAUGAUAAUGAAGAUCGGGGGGAUGACCAGCUGGAGUUGAUCAAGGAUGAUGAAAAAGAGGCUGAGGAAGGAGAGGAUGACAGAGACAGCGCCAAUGGCGAGGAUGACUCUUAAGCACAUAGUGGGGUUUAGAAAUCUUGUCCCAUUAUUUCUUUACCUAGGCGCUUGUCUAAGAUCAAAAUUUUCACCAGAUCCUCUCCCCUAGUAUCUUCAGCACAUGCUCACUGUUCUCCCCAUCCUUGUCCUUCCCAUGUUCAUUAAUUCAUACUGCCCUGCGCCUAGUCCCAUUUUCACUUCCUUUGACGCUCCUAGUAGUUAUGUUAAGUCUUACCCUGUAAUUUUUGCUUUUAAUUUUGAUACCUCUUUAUGACUUAACAAUAAAAAGGAUGUAUGGUUUUUAUCAACUGUCUCCAAAAUAAUCUCUUGUUAUGCAGGGAGUACAGUUCUUUCCAUUUAUACAUGAGUUCAGUAGUUGCUUCCCUAACUGCAAAGGCAAUCUCAUUAGUUGAGUAGCACCUGAGAGCAGCUUUGAGUUAGAGGUAUGUGUGUUAUACCCCACAUAAGAGUGCUGUGUGGGGCUGUUCAACACAAAUGUAACAAUGUAUUUUUGUGAAUGAGAAUUGGCAUGUCAAAUGCAUCCUCUAGAAAAAUAAUUAGUGUAAUAGUCUUAAGAUUUGUUUUCUAAAGUUGAUACUGUGGGUUAUUUUUGUGAACAGCCUGAUGUUUGGGACCUUUUUUUCUCAAAAUAAACAAGUCCUUAUUAAACCAGGAAUUUGGAGAAAAAAUAAA